GAACACCUUUUUAUACACUGAAUUAGUCCUCCUUACUUCUUCUACCCUCUCUAUCCACAAACAACAGAUACAAUUUGACAUAAAUGACAUCUGUCAAUGUAACCAUUAAAUUGGGACACAAAGCCAAAUUCUUCAUUCGAUUUCCGCUUAGAAAAUCCAUAAUCUUAAUGACGAAGGUUUGAAACAUGGCCAGCCCGUUCGCAGACCACGUCGAAGGCUACAAGGUCUUCCAGGAUCAAAUCGACAAACUGACAGAUGCCCAGACGCUGAUCAUAACUAAAUUCGAUAAUUUAAUGGCAAACAUGAACGAAUUGCGUGAGGUUCUCGGUGGUAUUUCUGAUAAAAUCGUUUUGCUGGAGGAAGGAGCGACCGAUAGACGUAAACUGAAGGCAGACAUUCAAGUCCUGAAGACUAGGAUCGAUGAUUUGUACGCUAUAGUCAAAGACGGCAAGGACUCCGGUUCGACCGAUAUCCAAGAUGUCGAAUCCUGUCAUUCGGGAUUCUCUAAUUCUUCGAAGGUAACCAUGACGACCGGCCUGGACCGGGAAACGAUUAGGGCGGCUUACGAAGAUGUGAGGUCCGACACUACACCGACCGAGUGGGCGGUGUUCAAGUUUGAAGGCGCCCGGAUAGUGUGCUCGGCCAGGGGUAGCGACUUCACGGAGUUCCGCACGCAGUUCUCUGAUGAUGAACGCGCAUUCGGAUACCUCAGGUUGCAGAUGGGAGACGAGAUGUCUAAACGCAAGAAAUUUAUGUUCAUGACGUGGGUAGGACCGAACGUGUCUGUGAUCAACCGAGCCAAGAUGUCCACCGACAAAGCUAUCAUCAAGGACAUCAUAUCGAACUUUGCUGUGGAGUUGCAACUUGAAAAUCAGUCUGAGAUAGACAUCGACCAAUUCAAGGAUGCACUCAAUAGGGCAGGGGGAGCGAACUACGGCACUGGCGUUAGAGAUUUAUGAAUAGAAAAUGUUUGCCCCGCACUUGCCACAUGGAAUUUUAAACGAAUAUUGUCUCUUUCAUUCUAUUAUAUAAAUAAUGAGUGCAAAGAUACAAUAUUAUACAUAAAAAUAUUUUACAAGUGGAUUUUAGGACUUAUAUUUUAAUUGGGGCCGUGGCUUGGCCAUUUUUGUAGUCGAGCAAUAAUUCAUUAGUCAUUUUUAUUAUCUUGUGUCAAAUUGAUCACAUUUUUAAUCACGUAUAGAAAUUCAUUAUUUAUUUUUCAAAAAUACACAUGUUAUAUAAUAUUCUUCAGUGUAGUUUUAAUAAGGAUUUACCAAAUAAAAAGUAGAUAAUCUGUCGUGCAUUUUAGUAAGCGCGGUGAACGCAUUUAUUUUUUACUUAAAAUUUUUAAAAAUCUUUAAUACUAAAUUGAAUUUAAUGUAAACAAGCUUUUUAUACAUUGACUAGUAAUGUAAAUUGAUAUCAAUAAAACCAUGAUUUCCAAUA